AUGAAUAAGUUGAACAGGUUGUACGCUCUCACUUCACGUAGAACUUUUCUAGGUAGAAGAAGCAUUAUACUGACACGUUACUGGAAUACGAGCAAGAAAAUGAGUGGCGAAUCGAACGACCUGAAGUGGAAUGAUGCACUGACGCCAUUGCAGCUGAUGGUGCUCAGAGAUAAGGCCACUGAAAGGCCGAACACUGGUGCCUAUUUACACACCAAGGAGUCUGGUGUCUACCAUUGUGCUAACUGCGACAAACCGUUGUACUCAAGUAGCACCAAGUUUGAUGCUCGUUGCGGAUGGCCCGCAUUCUAUGAGGAGGUAUCCCCUGGGGCCAUCACAUACCACCGUGACAAUUCUCUAAUGCCUGCAAGGGUGGAGAUAUGCUGUGCAAAGUGUGGUGGACAUCUGGGACAUGUGUUUGAAGGUGAAGGGUGGAAACAGUUGCUAAAUUUACCUAAGGACACUAGACACUGUGUUAAUAGUGCGUCUUUGAACUUCAAAAAGGAUUAA